CUUCACUUGGGGCAAGAUCUUCACAGCCCUCUGCAUGGACUACAUGGGCAGAGUGAAAAAAUGUCCAACAGCAGCUCCAUCAGGCACUUCCUCCUGCUGGCAUUGGCAGACACGCGGCAGCUGCAGCUCCUGCACUUCUGCCUCUUGCUGGGCAUCUCCCUGGCUGCCCUCCUGGGCAACAGCCUCAUCAUCAGCGCCGUAGCCUGCGGCCACCACCUGCACACGCCCAUGUUCUUCUUCCUGCUCAACCUGGCCCUCAGCGACCUGGGCUCCAUCUGCACCACUGUCCCCAAAGCCAUGCACAAUUCCCUCUGGAACACCAGGGACAUCUCCUACACAGGAUGUGCUGCACAGCUCUUUUUCUUUCUGUUCUUCAUCUCAGCAGAGUUUUGCCUCCUGACCAUCAUGUGCUACGACCGCUACAUGUCCAUCUGCAAUCCCCUGCACUACGGGACCCUCCUGGGCAGCAGAGCCUGUGCCCACAUAGCAGCAGCUGCCUGGACCAGUGCCUUUCUCUAUUCACUGCUGCACACAGCCAAUACAUUUUCCCUGCCCCUGUGCCAAGGCAAUGCCCUGGGCCAGUUCUUCUGUGAGGUGCCACAGAUCCUCAAGCUCUCCUGCUCAAAUUCCUACCUCAGGGAACUUUGUCUGCUCAUGGGUAGUGCUUUUCUGUUUUUUGGUUGUUUUGUGUUUGUUGUUUUCUCCUAUGUGCAGAUCUUCAGGGCUGUGCUGAGGAUCCCCUCUGAGCAGGGAAAGCACAAAGCUUUUUCCACCUGCCUCCCUCACCUGGCUGUGGUCACCCUCUUCAUCAGCACUGGCACAUUUGCUUACCUGAAGCCCCCCUCCAUGUCCUCCCCAUCCCUGGAUAUAACAGUGUCAGUUCUGUAUUCAGUGAUGCCUCCAGCCCUGAACCCCCUCAUCUACAGCCUGAGGAACAAGGAGCUCAAGGCUGCAGUGGGGAGAUUGAUGACAGGAUGGUUUCGGAAACAUAAAACUGCUGGCCAAUUGCUGCAAAUCACUUGUAAUAAAAUUCAUCUUUGA